UUCGGAACGGAGGAAGCAACUUUUUUCCGUGUGCAGACCAAAAAACAUCCAAAACCACUACCAGAUAGGUAAAGGAGGAGACCGUAGUCCGUUAGUUACAGGUAAUUGGAGAGGAGCAGGAAAGGAUUGGGAAACAUGGAGGGUCUUACCAUAGUUGGAGCAAAUCCUUUUGUUUCUUCUUUACUUCGUACACCCUCUUCCAAAAUCUCCAACUUUUCCUGCAGUCUUAUCAUGCCAAACGCCGUCUUUCCGAACCACCACUUAGCCGCAUUGCGACCAGCAUUUCAUCUUUUCUCUUAUGCCCCCAAAAGGCACCAUAGACCUCCUAUUUUCCUACCCCAUUUGGUUGCUUCCAUGGAAGAAGUGGAGCAAACGUACAUCAUGAUUAAGCCUGAUGGAGUUCAAAGAGGCCUUGUUGGAGAAAUUAUUUCCAGAUUUGAGAGAAAGGGGUUUAAGCUUACUGGAUUAAAGCUUUUUCAGUGCCCCAAAGAAUUGGCAGAGGAGCAUUACAAGGACCUACAGUCCAAGCCAUUCUUCCCCAAGCUGAUUGACUACAUUACAUCUGGUCCUGUCGUCUGUAUGGGUUGGGAGGGUGUUGGUGUUGUUGCUUCAGCACGUAAACUAAUAGGAGCAACCAAUCCUCUUAAUGCUGAGCCAGGCACAAUCAGAGGAGACCUUGCUGUUCAAACUGGAAGAAAUGUGGUACAUGGAAGUGAUAGCCCUGACAAUGGCAAGCGUGAAAUAGCUCUUUGGUUUAAAGAAGGUGAAUUAUGUGCAUGGGCAGCAGUUCAAGAACCUUGGUUGAUGGAAUAAUAUCUUAGCUUUAUGGGAUUCUUCAUCAAGUUUUGGAGGUUUGGAGUGUCGCUUAUUCGGUGUUUGUUAUUUGAAAAUACAAGCACUGUAAUUGUAUCAUUUUCUCCAUUCUUUCCCUCUUUAUAUAUAAGAGGGUUACUGCUGGAUUUUUCAAAUUUGAUGUCAAACUGGAGAAUUAAAUUUGUAAUUGUUAUGUUGGUUGUUGUUAAUUCAUUGUAGUUAACAAAAGUACUCUAGAUGUUCCUCGCAAAAGUCCACAUUCUCCUUCUGCUUCA